ACAAAAAAUGGUUAUUAGUUAGCUCAACACAAUCGCUUCGAAAUCUUUUUAUAAACUAAAACAUACAUUUUAAUGCAUUUGAUCGUUCCUCUGUUUAAAUUGAUAUCCAAAAUUAAUUGAACUGACAUGGUUUAACGUUUAAGAUGUUUCGUGGUUUUAUCCAACCGGGAGAACUUCCUCGAGGCCCUCCUCCGUUUGGACAUCCACACCAUGUACCUCCACCCGUUCCCCGCUAUGGAGGAACCUUCGGUGCUCCUCCUGAUGUUCCAACGCAUACACACCUACCUACUGGAUCUUGUCGUCCAUUCUUACCUCAAGGUUUGGGUAGUGAAUAUCUCCAAAGGCCCAUAAGGGAGCAGUAUAUUAAUCCUCCACACUGCAGCAACUUCUCCAUUGACCGCAGUACAGUGAUCAGUCUCGGCAGUCAACAGAUACUACCACCAGACACACAGCAUCUUCAGAUGCCACAGUGGUCCGUCAAUCCUUUAGAACCACGUCAUAAAGAUGAGAGUGAGAACUUGACGGCAGGAGAAGAAUUUCUUAGAUGUCUUGCAGCCAAUAAGCCAAUUCCUGACUUCCUAAAAGGAGUUCACCUGUCGGCCACAGGGAAAGCAGGUGUGUCAGAAGACAGGGGUUAUGAAAGGCAGAGACUUCGGAGCAAUUCUCGCAGUCCAGCAAAGGAAAGUAGGGGUAGAAGUAAGAGCAGAGCAAAGAGCCUGGUGAGAAGCAAGAGCCGGGCGAGAAGCAAGAGCUGUCCACGCAGCAGAAGUCGCACACGAGGUAAAAGCCGUGCAAUUAGCAAAAGCCGUGCGAGAAGCAAAAGCCGUGCGAGAAGCAAAAGCCGACCACGGAGCAGGAGUCGCAGUCCUGGAAAGAGCCAGGCUAGAAGCAAGACCAAGGCUCGCAGUCGGAGCCGAAGUCGAGGUAAAAGUCAGACCAGGAGCAAAUGCAGAGCAAGGAGCAGGAGUCGCAGCCAUGGAAAGAGUCAGAGACGACCGGACCAUCACUCAGAACACAGGGACAAAAGGAGCCCCAGUCGAAGCUGUAGUGGCAGCAGCAUCAGUAGUCAUGCCUCUGCCUCCGUACACAAUGACCUGCUGCAGGGCCUUAAGCGGGUCAUGAACAGCAAGCAGCUUGAGGACAGUAUGCCUUCCAUCAAGAAUGCCAUUCUCACAAUCCAGGCCAAUAACUUUAACAGAGAACUCCAGAACCGCAGAGAAGUCCAGGGCAACAGUCUUCCUGUAGGGCCCUUAUCGGCCGGCCGACAGGAAUUUUUUCAAGUCCCAGAUGAGCCAAACUCAAACAGUCUGCAGGAAGUCUGUCAAAUGAACCAGGAGGACACUGACAGCAAUCUCCUCCCCCACGAGAGAGUUGGCAGUGACUUCUCCUGGCUGCAGGGCACCAGGGACGUCUCACCUGUUAAGAAGCCAAUGGAGGUUGAGGAUGAGGAGGACUUCCUCUAUGGGAAUGAGGAUAACCAGGCAAAGCAAAGCUCCAAUACCCAGCAUUUUGCUCAGUCAAUUACCCAGCAAAGUUCUGCAGAGAACCCCUCAGCAGGUGUUCCUUUUUAUCAAAGCAAUAAUCUGUUUGGGAACCAUGGGGAAACAAAUGAACUCAAGAUGCUUCCUCAACUGGUCCAGUCCAGUAUUAGGCCUGAGCAGAGGUUACAGCCUGGUCCAUCUCCUGCUCCCACCGCAAAGGAAUGUGAGAAGAUCAAGAACAUGUUGAAGAACAUCGGGCUUAACAUGGGCACAACGGAGAUCAGCAAUAUGAUGGUCAAGCUGCAGCAAAAGAAGGAGGGGGUGAUGCCAGAGCAGAAGAAUGAGGAGACGCAGCCUGCACUAGCACCUCCUAUUGUACUUGUGUCACAGGAGCCAAAAAUUGACUCGCCAGGAGUUGGAGCAGCACCAAUCCGACAAGCACUAGAGUCAUUACAGUCCAUUAUUAAAGCGAAAAGGGAGAAAAAGGCAGAGAGUAAUCCAAAUGAUGGCAACCAUUCCCAGAGGAAUUCAGACAAACAAAAGAACAAAGAUGACAAGGAGAGUCAAAAGUCAAAACAGGACCAUAUGAAAAGAAAAGAGACUCUUUUGAGGGAACUAGCGGAAUUGCUAAAGCAGGAUGGGUCUGCCUUUCUAAUUCCGGUCAUUGGGUUCUACUGCCAGAGGUGUGAGGAGUUCUUUGGAGACCUGAGCACUGCUGAGUGCCACUCGGCAGCUCACAGGCGGAAUGAGCCUAGCAUGCAGAAGCAUGGAGACAGGAGGCCUGGAGACAGGAGGCCUGGAGAGGACAGAAAACACCCUAGACCGCAUCAAAGCAGACACCCCCUGCCCUCGGAUUGGAGAGACCAGCAAGACCCAAGAGAUCUGAGGCACCUUGAGUACCAUAGGGAUGUUAGGCACCCUGACCUGAAACGACAACAGGAUGAGUGCCCCAAGGGCUACAGGAACGACAGGGAGAAGAUGUAUGUGAAAGAGGAACAACCUGAAAGCCCCAGGUUUACGAAUGUCCUCGGGCACACCCCACCAGGACUACAUAAGGGCAGGGGGCGAGCGGAGGAGGGGAGGGUGGAGAAGGGUUACGGUGCUGCGUUCUCUGCCCCUGCAAGUGGAACACAUGGCAGGGUCAAGUUGGAGGAGGUGGAGACCAGGAUAAAGCCCAUUGGUGGAGUAUGUGACGAAAUGGACAAAGAUGAAGAUAACAGAGAGAGCAGUUCCGGCAGUGAUGAAGAGAAAGGCAAAUCUCCUAAAGGCCACAAAAAGAAGAAGAAGAAAGAGAAAAAGAAAAAGAAGAAGAAGGAAAAGGAUGGAAAAAAGAAAAAAGAAAAAGAUGAGAAAAAAAAAGAUAAGGAUGACAAAACAUCUUAGUUGCUGUACUGCAUGUCUUGGUUGAUGGUUUCUGUGAAGGACCUACUUUUAGGUCAUCGUUCAUUGCAGUUGUUUUCUGACGUUGAAGCUUUUAAAAUGUGUUAAAUUGUUCCUUUGACCUGUGUUUUGGAGUUGUCUUUUUCAAAAAACUGUCUCCGUUGUAGAGGAUAACAGCACAUUCAUUAUAUGCUGUUCCAUGUGUAAAUUUAGCAGGUAUAAUGUCCAGAAUUGUUUUGCUGCAAGCUGCUGAUCCCAUUCUUCUAACCUUUAGUUUCUUAAUCUUUACGGCACAAUACUCUUAUAUUGGGUCAAGGACAUGUUUGUGUGUACAGUGCCCUCUGUGAGUAUUGGGACAGUAAUGCAUUUUUUAUUAUUUUUGUCUCUUUACUCAUUGAGUAUGAAAUUGAUAUCAAACAAUUGCUAUAAAAUUAAAGUAUAGAUUCUCUGCUUUUAUUUUGGGCUGUUUGUGUACAUAUUGUUUCACCAUUUUUAUGUGACAGCAGUUUGGAACAUACCAACGUAUCAAAAUGAAUUGGUACAGAUUACAAGAAGGCACGUUGUUGUUGGUUUUGAGGUAUUUUUGCAGUUAAGUGUCAUUGUCAGCUAAUUACAGAUGGAUUUAUUUCUAGAGAUUGAUUGGGUCACUAAUUGGCCCUUUAAACUCUCUGUAAAUAGGAGUUAUAUAAUAUGAGAGGCAUUUGCUUGUAGUUUAGCAGGCAAGCUGUUUCUAUUCAAAUUCAUAUGGCCACUUCUGGACAGAUGUUACAUUAGUAAAGCCUCAUGGUCUGUCCACAAUACAAUUUUGCAGAACUCUGCAUGCUCUAAUGUACUUUUUGCAAACUGUAACCUGGCUAUCCUGUUUUUAGGGCUAACUAGUGGUUUGCAUCUUCCAGUCUAGCCUGUGUGUUGCUGAUUUUACUAUUCUGCCUCUUGGUGAAAUGUUAUACCUCUUGGUUUAGUGUUCUGCCUCUUGGUGAAGUAUUCUACUUCCUGGAGAGUGUUCGUGAUCUGUUUUUUAUUAUGGUGUGCAUUCUUCGAUCAGGAAGUGUUGUCAUUUCUAAAUGGUGAAACAAAUGUACAUAAAUAAUCUCUAAUAAACUUUGAGUACCUUUAGUUCAUAGUAGUUGUUGAUUUCAAAUCUGAUUGUUUGGUUUAUACCACAUUUUCCAGAACCUACAUUGGGCACUUGGUUAUAUUUCAGUAGGUCCAACCUUGAUGUAGUGCAGCAGAUUCAUUCAUUUUUGUUAUUAAAAGUCAAUUGCAUAUGC